AUGAGGGGCAGUGAUGGGGUUAUCAUAAACACCUUUGAUGGCAUUGAAGGAAGAGUCAUCACAGCCUUAAGCAAUGGGUUGUGCUUGCCAGAAGGAACUACUCUGCCGAUUUUCUGUGUUGGACCCGUGACCGCUGCUUUCACAUCAUCGUCUGCUUCUUGCGGAGCAGAAGAUAAUGUGAAAGGGUGUUUGCGUUGGCUUGACUCGCAGCCAAGUCACAGCGUGGUGUUCCUGUGUUUUGGGAGCGAGGGAGCAUUUUCCAGGGCCCAGUUGAAAGAGAUUGUUGUUAGGUUGGAGAAGAGCGAGCAGUGGUUUUUGUGGGUGGUGAGACUGAGGAGCGAGUCUGGCUCGGAGGAGGAGGAGGCGAGUUUGGACGAGUUGUUGAUCGGGAGGAUCACGGGAGCGGGGCAGCCAAGAGAAGAAGCGGAACCGGUGCGCUGGAUUGCAGAACGGACCCGGGAGGGGCUCCUGCAAGGUGGCAUGGCGGACAUUGACAGAACUUUGCUGUAUGCGCUCCAGAUGGAAGACGGGCAGUCCACGGAUGAGGAGGUGGACCAAGAGACUGAUGCUCCCGCGGGGGAAGAGGAAGGUGCUGGAAAUCAGCCCCAGCCCGACCCGGAGGAUGAGGGAGGGGCCGAAGUUGGGGGGACCUCCGGAUCGGUAAAGAAGGCUUCUCUGGAAGGCGAUCACGGGUCCGAUCCCGUCCAGGAGGAAGGGCGGUCGGUCGCCGAGGAAGAGGACACUCGGGGUCCGGCCUCAAAGAAGCACAGGGUGGAGAGCCAUUAA